ACACCCACACCCACACCCCACACCCACCCACACCCACCCACACCCACACCCACACCCACAAAAAUAUAUUAUCUUUUAUCUUCAAAAGAAAAAAAGAAUUAGGAUGUUAAAUCAUAUGAAGCUGUUUCGUAAACAAAUAACUGAACUACAACAAGUAGUAAAUCAAUUCUCUGUGAAGAAAAAAAUCAAGAAGUAUAUGGAAAUAUUAAAACCAAUUGAAGAUUUAAUUUUUUCUCUUGCAUGUCAAAUUGCCGAUACUCCAAUAACAACAAAAGAAUUUAAUGAUGUUUACAAUGAAAUUGUUUGCUUGUUUGAUCAUCACCUUCCUCAAAUAAAAGAUGUUGUAUUUGCUCAACAAAGUUAUGAUUUGGUCGAACGAUUUAAAAUAAUUGAAGUUGCAUUUGAAGAACAUAAAGAGAAAAAAGAAGAAGAGGAGAAGCAACAACAAAAAAAAAAGAAGAAAUUGAACGGUAAUAAUUAUUCCUCUUCAAAAUGA